GUUCAAUUUUAAACGAUGCCCAUUCAUUAACUCGCGUUUUUCUUUUUUGCAAAAAAUGCCUGCAAAGAUGAUUUUGCAACGUUUGCAAAAAAAUCGUGCACUGUUGACGCCAACCGGAAAACCUCGUUUUCUGAACGCAGGUCAAUUGGUCACGCUUGGUUGCAGAAAACGUUUUUCUUUGUGGAAUGUGGCGAGCAGCUUGCCUCGCCGCGCGAUAUUAUUACUUUAUACGGCACAAAAAUCGUGGCGCUUGUUUGCCAUGAGGCACAAGACGUGUUAACAGGAUACUAGAAAACUUAGAAGUGUAAACUGACGUCAAUGUUUAAUUACCAGUGUUAGCCGAUGUUGCAACAGUUAACAGAUCUUGAGUCGUGACAUUAGUGGCCAGGUGUAAUCGUGUUUGUUUGUAUAGGUCAAUGGUGAACGUUUUCAACUUGCAAACUAUUUUUACCAAUUGUUGUUAAAAAAUCGUGUUUUUUUAUGAUAAACAGUUAAUUUAUCUGGUUCGUAAACCAAAAUAGGUUUGUACGCAUAUGUGCACACCUUCACGUAGCAUAAAGAUAAGCUUUCUGUAGUUACAGACGCUGAGACGCAUAACACAUAGCGGUGCGCACACCAUAGGUUAAGAAUCACUGGUGUAAAAUGGUCUAAAAGCUGUUUUUAGCAGUGUUUAAAGCUGUAAAUUUAGUUAAUUUGUCAGGUUGGUAAACCAAAAUAAGUUUGUUCGUAUACGCCGUGGACAUCUUCAUGUACCGUAGGAUACCGUAGUAUGAGUCUCAAAGUCCAUAUAUAACUCUUCUAAGACGCAUACCAUAGCGGUGCGCACACUAAAAAUCUAUUUCACGGGUGCCCUAAGCUGUGAAUUUACGAAAGUAUUGUGGGUGCACUAUAAUUUUAGGUUAACCGCACCCGUCUUACGAUGAUCCGACUCCGUGACUAUAGGUCGGCAACUCGUCUUAUCAGACGAACGAGCGGCAUCAGGCACCCUGAUUCAGGCUAGAGACAAAACAUGAGGACAGCCGAGGAUGAGAGCGGUCGUGUUGCAAUGCUAACACGGAAAUGGGAGGGCUUUAUAGCAUUUUCCCAGAUCACAGAGCUUUUUAUCACUUCCUAAAUCACAGGAAGCGCGCAAACUGUGACGAUUAGAACAGAAUGGCAGACUGGCAUAAAAUGUUCUAGGUCACAGGAAACACAAAAGAUGUGUUUGAUGCUUAAGCAUAUAAUAAUAUCCAAUCUUUAUGCAUUAAGUUAAGUUUGGGUAAACUAUGCAUUGAAUCUGUGCUCAAAACACAGUCAAUCGGUGCAAAAGCAAUACUAGAUUUAUUAUUUCUUUACUUUAUUGUGACGUAACAAUAGUUGUUCUAGAAAAAUUCGUUUGAAUUUUUAUAGAUUUUGUCUGUGUCUAUUUUUAAGUUAACAUUACUAAUAGGUUGUUACUGAGGUGUAUGUAUUGACAAGUACUCAUUCAGGUUAUCUAGAUACCCGAUAUCGCAUAGGGGAGUUCGCAGUUCCUAAUAACAUGUUUUAUAUCCUGUUUAGCAUGCCUGCCUUUAUGUAAGGAUUCAAAAGUUAGUUUUUAGCUGUAGGAAACCGAAGUCUCUAGCCUCUAGUCUAGUUGAUCGUGCAUUAAUAUGUCAUAGUAUUCCGUUUUAUCAUACUUUGUGUAACAACGCCAUUACUAUGUAUUAUGUAAAAUAUACUUGGCGAAGACACAGCACCGUGUCACCGUAUGUAUACUGUAUGCUGGUUAGCCUAUUUGAGUUUGGAUCUAGCCAUAAUGAACUGUAUUAUCUAUUUAAAGUCAUGACAGUGGUUUGAAUCAUAGCUAGAGUCCCCUGCGGCAGUAGUUCGGCCUUGCGCAGCGUAUGAUACGUGGUAUACUUAGGUACGAAUUAAUUAAUUGUUAAAGUAGGUCUAGGAGAGUGUUUGCGGUUUGAUUCUUUAACAGCUUUGUCCUUACAAAAUGGUUGAAAGUUAUUCAGUAAUGCCAACACAUAACUUAGAUUUCCCAUUUAAUGGUGGCCUUCAGCAGGAUGCUGCCUCGCCCCCAAUUUACCAGGCCACACCAGUUGUACGAACGCCUUCUAACCAAUCAGAUCUUGGAGUUAUUCGUUCAAUUGAUGACGACACAGUCCCCAUUGUUGGUCAACUGCAGCAGAACUAUUCGUUCACAGAGGAAAAUUCUAGACCGGAACAAAUUGUACUUUCAAGGCCAAAUCAUCAUCACUUUCAGCCAAUUUAUUUAAACAGAAACGCAAAUGCACACGAAGGAAACACUUCUGUGCGUUACAUAACCAAUCCGAACCAAGUGAAUACUCGCGUGUGCUUAAAUACGAAUGUACAGUGCUCAAAUACUGUGGGAUACCAAAUGAACAAUAAUGUACAUAAGUUGAACACUCGUAAUGUACACCAGUUGAACACUAAUUUUAAUGUACAUUACGGGAACAUUAAUGUACAACAAAUCAAUAGAAAUCACCAACAAGUGAAUACCAAUCAGCAUCAAGUGAAUUCAAAUCACCAACAAGUGAAUACUCUUCCACAAGAAUGUAAUGGUUUUCAUCCUACCAUUAACAAUUACGCACAACAAACGUUUGUUUACUUGCCGGUUUUGGCCCCACAACACAACCAAGAUUAUUUGCAACAUCAAUUACAACUAGAACAAGUAAAACAACAACAAAAGUUGGGACCGCAACAAUUCUAUGACAAAAUAGCCCCUGAUAUACAUGGCCGAAGUUUUAUACAACAGAAAGUAGUAAGAGAAACACCACGGCAUCAAUGGCAAUUUAUGGAUGAUCUAACAAAACUAGAAGCAAUGAAGAGCAAAUACCAAUUGUUAAGAAAGGAACAAAACUUUGAUUCAGAAACGACAAAAAGACAAGAAUUUGUGCAAUACCAAUUACGACUAGAAAUAGCAAAGCAACAAAAAAAGUUGGGACUGCAACCUUUCGAUGAGAAAAUGGUUCCUGAUUUUCAUGCCCGACGAAUUGUAACACCACAAAAACAAAAGCAACAACCUUUAAAUGAUCUAACACAAUUGAAUGGAAUACAGAACAAAAACAGAGUGUUAAGUUUGGAACCAAACUGUACAACAAAGCCUCCACCCUGCUACACACCGAAUAUAAAACCGCGAAGUAAGGCGCGUAAAGUUAGUGAUGCACAGAAAAAGAAGUUUGGUAAAACCACGCCAAACCGAAACGAUCCACAACAGAAUCAAAUGGAAGCGUCAAACCCGAUGCCUAUACAACAGAACGUAACUUUGCAAUAUCCAGUGCAACCACGCACGAAACAACAAGCAGAAAGACCAAAAACAUCGGUAAACCACAAUUUAGCCACGGUUAAUAGGGAACAAAAACAGCAAAAUCUAAAUUCUUUGGUAAAGCGAAUCCUUAAUGACCGGCAGAGUAUUUCAAAAGUAUCGAAAAAACGUAAGAGAGAUACAGAUGUCUCAUCUAACACUGUUGUUGCAACUAACGCACGAGUUCCGCCUGCGUAUCCAGGAGAAUACCACUGCCAGCCAAAAAAUGAAGUGUCUAAACCCUUUGUCAACUUCGACGCUGUGAAGAAAAACAAUCACGGAAACGAUGCCUUUGGUUCUGAUAGUUCAGAUGAAAACGAUUGCAUCUCUGACAUUAAAAUAGUGUCUUAUUGUUCAUUGGCUGAUUUACAUGCUGGACAACCAGAGACAGAUAUUCCUUGCAGUUCUGCUGCAUGCGUGCAAAAGAAUUCAAAAAACAACACUGGGGAAAUUGAGAAAAAAGACCCACAUUGUCAACAAAAAGAUGCAGUGAAGAUCGUUCAAUGUUCGGAGGAAGGAAGUUUGACUGUGAAAGAAAACUUGAAUACAACUGUCGCGCCGGCAAGCAAGAGUGUACCGCUGCCGAAGUCCGAAGAGUCGGAAAACCAAAAAGUCGCAAAUUCCGCCAAGCGAAAUAGUGUGGCCAAAUGUUCGGAUAGAAAAAACAUUUUUGAACAAAUUCUUUAUGAUCUCUAUGCUGAUCACGUGUCUCCUGUGACGCCUAACAUGGAUACUACCUUGUCGGUAUCUGAAAAUCACUUUUUUUCUUGUGACGUAACGAAACCUUCAGCGGCGAAGAAUAAAGUAGCUGAUGACGUCAUCAAGGCCAAUAUCAAUGACACCACACAAAGUUCAGAAGAAACUUCAAAUUGUGACGACACCGAACGCGGGAAGAAAAAUGCUUUGGAUGACGUCACCAUCAAACAUUCCAAUGAUGUCACAACCAAGCAUUGUGAUGACAUUAGCAUAAAAAAGUCGCAGAAUAAUGCAAAAGCCAUUUCCAGUGAUAACAUACCAAUACCUUCGGGAAUAGAAUCGAAACCUUCGGUUGCAGAAGCUUCCACAAUCACUAAAGAUUCAGAUCAAAAGUCACCCUUACCCGCUAAGCGAAGAGUCCGCGCUCGAUUGACGACCAGAUCAAAGUCGCGCCCGCCGCGUUUUAACGCCGUCAUCGAUUAUCUUAAAAAGAAAGAAAAACUCAAAAAACCGUUGUCGCGUCAUAAUAUGCGCAAUUGUUACGUCAUACUAAAAAGACUUCCCAACUCUGCAUUAAUUCGCGGUUGACAAACAAUCGACUUUAUUUGUUGUUCUAACUUUCUUGUUUUUUGCUAAGUUUCGUUCUUCAAUUAUUUAAACUGCCAUUCAAGUAUUUGUGAAAUACUGUCGCGUAAUAAUGAGCAUUAUGACGUACAACCAAACUGUGAACUCUUAACCUUGGUUCUUCGACUCCUUCCAUCACGAGCAUUUCUUAACUCCUGAUAACAACUUGCCUGCUUUCUGCCUUGAUAACAUGCGUCUCUAUAAACAGAUCCUCUAGUUAAAAGUUCACUUUUUUACCAAGCUGUUUACUUACGCUACGCUUGGUAGCAAAAACAGCAGAGUACAUUUUUUACUCGAGCACUCCUACUGUAUAUUCUACGUUCAAGUCUUAAUUAUUUUCACGAUUUUUUGUAUAUUUUCUCGCCAUCCGUAUUGUGACGGUACUUUUUUACUUUAUGUAAUGCGUUCAGGUUCGAUUAUCGCUUAAGUACACUUGACUCUAUAGAAAGUUGUAACU